AUGGCGCUGUCAAAUGUAUCAUUAUUAUCAGUGGUCGAAAUUGGAGUCUUACCACUAGUUUGUGGAUGUUGGCUUGACAUUUGUUCACUGCCAAUGUUUGAUGCCUCCUUGAAAGACAGACUGGUCAGUUUCAAAGUGGCACCAGGCACCUCGAUGUUCAUCCAUUGGCUAGUCGGAAUGGUGUAUGUAUACUAUUUCGCAUCGUUCGUUCUUCUGCUACGAGAAGUUCUUAGGCCUGGUGUAUUAUGGUUCUUGAGGAACUUGAACGAUCCUGAUUUCAGUCCGAUUCAGGAAAUGAUACAUAUGUCGGUGUUGAGACAUGCGAGGCGUUUGUUGGCUUCGGCAGUGAUUUUUGGAACUGCAGUGCUGCUGAUGUUGUGGGUACCUGUUCAGGUCUUGAAAUGUGUUUGGCCGGCUUUCUUACCUUAUGCAGUUGCCGUACAUGCUGAUGCACAAAUUAACGAAUUGAGCUUGGAGUUACUUCUGUUACAGGUAAUCUUACCGGCCCUGCUAGAACAAUCCCAUACUCGCAUUUGGCUGAAAGCACUAAUGCGAACUUGGUGCCGCGGUGUAUCAUGGCUGCUAGAUUUGAGAUCAUAUCUACUAGGAGAUGAAGAUACUAAUAAUACUGAAAAUGCUGAUAAUCCACCUCCCGCACAGCCUGCUAUUGAUCCCGCAGCAGGUCUCGGAGCAGCGCACCAAGCAUUAAUCCACAGAGAUGAUCCGAUCGGUUACCAACCUUAUGUCAGACCACGAUUUUUCGCCUUGAGAAUGAUCGGUUUAUUGAUACUUGUUGCGAUCAGUCUUGUCCUGGCCAGUCUUGUGGCGUUGACUGUUCCCGUGUGGCUGGGAAGACAUGGUAUGUCUCUUUGGCUUGUUGGAGGUCCUCCGACCACCGCAGUUGCAACAAAGGCUGGGACAAAUCCGAAAGUCCAAGGACGAGUUCAUGAGCUGUACACAGCGGCGUGCGGGAUGUACUUAUGCUGGUUGGGGGCACGUGCUUUGGCACUUUUGGCCAGUUGGUUGCCGCAAGGACGAGCAGCAAUUAUUGCGAAGAUUAAACAAUGGGUCUCUGUCGGAGCAGCGUGUCUUCUAUCAGCUGUGCUCUUGCUUGGAGUGAUUCCUAUGUUAUUUGGAUUGCUGCUAGAAUUUGUAGUCGUGAUGCCUUUACGCGUUCCCUUGGAACAAACACCAAACGUUUUCCUCUGGCAGGAUUGGGCGUUGGGAGUUUUGUAUACCAAAAUAGCGUGCGCCAUAACUAUGAUGGGUCCUGAUUGGAGCCUCCGAAGAGCCAUCGAGAAAGCGUAUCGAGACGGGAUAAGAGAAAUAGAUAUUGUGUUUAUAAUUCGUGAUUUAGCAGCCCCUGUUAUCACGAGUUUUGGAUUAGCAUUAGCUGUACCAUAUGUUGUCGCGCAUUCGAUAGCGCCCUUGUUUAUAACAAAUAAGCAUACUUUAACAUUAAUUACUAGAAAAAUAUACCCUUUCCUACUACUAAUUUGUCUCGUAGCAGGUAUAAUUGUAUUUCAAGUUAAACAGUUCAAAAAGUUGUACGAACACAUAAAGAACGAUAAAUAUCUAGUAGGCCAAAGGCUUGUUAACUACGACCACAGAAGGCAUCGGAAUCAAGCUUUAACAUCUAGUAAUUAAUUUAAUUUGAUAAAUCACUGGCGACUCACUCCAUUUUAUUUAAUGAAAUCUUUGAAGCUAUUGCUACACAAACUACCCUCUUAGACUGACAUAUUUUCAUACGAAUGUAUUUUUGCAUUCGUUUAUAAAAAUAGUUUUUGAUAAAUAAUGUAGGAUAUUAAUAUAAAUAUAUAUAUAUAGGUUUUUACUGUUUUCAAAUAAGGAUAUUUAAAACAGCCAAUGACCUAGUGAUACUAAAACGAAUGCUCGGAUAUGAAAAAUGAUGAGAUCUAUAUUAACAUUUUGUUAAACUGCAGUAAAUUUGAAGAGUUAUAUAUUUUGUAUAAAUGCAUUAUGAAAUUGUAUAUUUAUUUUUGUUUAUUGUAAUUUUUUGUAUAUAUUUGAGAUAACAUAUAUUUGGGUAAAACGGAUCUCUUGAAACGAAAAAUCAUUUCAUUAUGUAUAAUAAUAAAAACU